GGCGGAAGCAAAUGUUACUAUUCUCUUUGUCCACGCUCCAUCCACAGCUACAGCGAUUUGGAAAAUCUAUCUACCGCUGAAGAUUCUCCGUCAUUUUUAAAUGGUGGCGAACUAGCAUAAGAGUCCAUCACCAAAAGAUGUCUACUUAAGCCAAAGAAACCAGAAGCUGAGGCCAGACCAGGAGCGUCUGUGUAUGGUGGCGGCUCUCAUCUUCGUUGGAGGAAGUACAGAAAUGGCAACGGCUACGAUGGAGAGGAAGAGAGCAUGUGUAACUGGUGCCACCGGAUAUGUGGGAUCCAUGCUCGUUAAAAGCUUGCUAGAGAAAGGGUACGCCGUCAACGCCACCGUCAGAGAUCCAGAAAAUAGCAAAAAGGUGUCCCACCUCUUAAAUCUACAAGUCUUGGGUGAUCUAAAACUUUUCAAGGCAGAUCUCAUGGAGGAAGAUAGCUUUGAUGAUGCCAUCAAUGGUUGUGAUUUCGUCUUCCAUGUGGCAACUUCAAUGAACUUUGAGUCUGAAGACCAAGAGAAUGACAUGAUCAAGCCAGCAAUCAAUGGGAUGUUGAACGUUCUGAAAUCAUGUGUUAGAGUGAAGACUGUGAAGCGUGUAGUCUGCACAUCAUCAGUGGCUGCUGUGUCGCCGAACAAUCUCAAUGGGACGGACCGUGUCCUUGAUGAGGAGAGCUGGUCCGACGUUGAGUACUUGACCUCUAAGAAGUCGUUGAUUUGGGGAUACGAAGUGUCAAAAACCCUAGCGGAGAAGGCAGCAUGGAAAUUCUCCAAAGAAAACAGCAUAGAUCUCAUCACCAUUGCUCCUGGUGUCAUCACCGGCCCAUCUCUAACUCCAGAGGUCCCAGGAAGCGUCAGCAUAGCUCUGUCUUUGCUCACAGGGAACGAAUUCAUGGUCAACGCUUUGAAAAGCUUUCAGCUUAUCUCGGGAUCGAUUUCCCUCGUACACGUGGAGGACGUAUGUAGGGCCCACAUCUUUGUAGCGGAGAACGAAUCAGCUUCCGGCCGUUACAUAUGCUGCGCUGUCAAUACGUGUGUACCGGAGCUUGCCAAAUUCCUCUCAGAACGAUAUCCACCGUACAAUGUCCUCACUGAUUUUGGGGAUUUUCCAGCGAAUCUCAAGUCGAUCUUCUCCUCAGAGAAGCUGAUUAAAGCUGGAUUUAGCUACAAUUAUGGGAUGGAAGAGAUGUACGAUGACUCGGUGGAGUACUUGAGGGCCGUCAGAUUGUUGGCCAAUUGAGAGCUAUCUCUUCUUCCAUGCUCCUGCAAACUACACUUUUAAAAUUGGUGUAAUAUCUACUCCAAAAGUCCUAACGUUGAUAUAAUAAUACCAGAUUGACUACCUGAUUAUCACUUUGUAUUAGUAAUAUGAAUGUGUAC